CAACAACACAAAUCGCAGCAUCGAUAACAGCUCCUUAGCCGACGCCGCUCGCUUACCAUGAUACCGUCGAGCCCGUCCUCGAGCUCCGAUGCGUCUGCAGAGUUGACCAUACGUCGUUCUCCGCUGUUUGCCAGAUCUCCCCCUUAGAAACGUGCAGUCAUGGCAAGUGGCUCACGGCAGAAUAGCAUGAGUUUGGUGCCGUACGUGCCGGAACAGACCAGAGAGAUUGUGUUGCGUCACGAUUCCACCGUUGUAGUCUUCGACCAACGCUCACGACAGCUUUCCCUCCGUCAUGAUCCACAUACCGAUGCCCUUGAGGCGACGAGCUGCCCAACAUGCCACCGCCCUUACCGCGAGGACGCGUCGACCCACCAGCGAGGCGAUUCUCCGCCUCAUACUGAUGAGCACCACUGGAUGAAUCCAGGCUACUUUCGCAUGCUGCAGAACUCCGCCGCGAACACGCCGGAACCGUCCCAGCCACCAUCGCCUCGCAGGAGGAUUGCGCAACUCAACAGGCAGCGCUCACGAAGCCAAUUGAGACCACCUGCCGGCGCCGAGUUUAUCGGCAGCGAACCCAGUCUUCCGCCCAAGACGAGCAGCAUAUCCAGUGAAGCAUUCACGCAGGGUUACUUUAAGUCGUUCUUCGUGGAAGAGGGUGAGUUGGGCAGGGGAGGCAAAGGAGUUGUUUUACUUGUCAAGCAUGUUCUGGACGGUGUAUCACUCGGACACUUCGCCUGUAAGAGAGUGCCCGUCGGCGACGACCAUACCUGGCUAGAAAAAGUGCUUGUGGAGGUACAGCUGCUGCAAAACCUGUCGCAUCAGAAUUUGGUGUCGUAUAGACACGUCUGGCUUGAGGACUACCAGAUCACAAAUUUUGGGCCCAGCGUUCCGUGUGCAUUCAUCUUGCAACAGUAUUGCAAUGGUGGGGAUUUGCAUAAUUAUGUUCUUGGGUCAGGAAAAUCCAAGAUGUCCAAGGAGCAGCUGAAGGAGCGAAUGCGGCGAAAGUCAAAAGGACAAGCAGAGCUCCCACAAGACCUGCAGGGCCCACGAAAAAUGGCGUUUGAAGAGAUUUUCUCUUUCUUCAAAGAUAUUACGUCUGGCCUUCAUCACCUUCACUCUCAUGGUUACAUUCACCGCGAUUUGAAGCCAAACAAUUGUCUUCUACACGGCGAUGGCAAACGCUUUCGUGUCCUAGUCAGCGACUUUGGCGAGGUUCAGAUGGAGAAUGUGGCACGCAAGUCCACCGGUGCCACGGGAACCAUUUCCUACUGCGCGCCUGAGGUACUCAUAAAGGAUGCCCAAGGUAGUUUUGGCAAUUUUACUACCAAAUCGGAUGUCUUUUCUUUGGGCAUGAUCGUGUACUUCAUGUGCUUUGGGAAAUUACCAUAUAGCAACGCCGACGAUAUCAACGAGGAGAAGGAAGACCUGGAGCAGCUACGUGCAGAGAUUUCAACUUGGGCCGGUUUUGAUGACGCCAAGAGGAUUCGGGCUGAUCUUCCAGACAAGUUGUACAAAUUCCUUAAGCGGCUGCUCAGCCUACAUCCCAACGACAGGCCUAGCACGGAGGAGAUCUUGCAAGGUAUCAGAGCAGGUACAACUCUCGAUGAGCUGGAUCAACACGAGGAUCGACCAAGCGUCCUGAAUGACUUGAGAUCCCGCAUCUCGAACUUAGACUCUCCCGCACCGAGCCCACCACGAAGGCUGUCCCCGCAAUCAAAUCCUUUAACAGCUCCGCCUCCACAGUUCAAUCGGCCAGGGCCGUCGGGACUAAGGCAAAGCUCGCCACAGCAAGGUCGCAGUCGUUCUUCGAGCCCUGCGAAGAGAGGUCAAAACGGCUCCUUUGAUCAUGGAAGACCUUCCACAGAAGCACAUAAAGCUGGGCCAGCAUCGCCUCGCAAGCCACAACUCGCGCUCCCGCCACCACCCUCAACAUAUUACCGAUUGCAGCAGCUAGUCAGACAUCCAAUUAUCUCGAUUGGCGCACGCACGCUUGUUUUCAUGCUAAAGGUAUACACUCUGACAGGAUCAUGCUCGCCUUACGAGGCGAAAUGGUACAUUGCGUAUCCGCUCGUUGCACUGGCGUUAUUCGAUUUUAUCAGCAUAAAUGCUUCCAACGAUACCAACCGUCCUAGCUCGCUUUACAUGCAGUUGCGUUGGUCUUCUGCGCUUUUGGCUUUGCACUUGCUCGUUGUAACAUUGGCUUUAAGAGCUGGUACUCUAUGCUCUUAUGCUGCUUGGAAUGGCCAUUGAACAUGUAAAUCAUUCGAACGAACGUGGAAAAUACCUGCGUUGCAAGACAAUCUUUGCAUUCUAGUUCUUAUCAGAGUAUAGGCUUCGUCGAGAAUGAUCGGAAAAAGGGGACGUCUUUAAGUCGCAUGAAAAUCGCACAGUGCCAGUUAAUCUUCUUCUUCUUCUCUUCGGAAUUCUAUUACGUUCAGAGAACGGGCCAUGUAGCGUUUCACUGUAUUCAUUACUUCUGGAGAAGGUAAAUCGGCGUUAAAAAUGGUAAUUCUCUCCUUGCGUGGACGGAGGAGUCGUGGUUGGAAAGCAGACUAUGUUCUGGCGAUAAACGGAUCCCAAAUAGUGCUAUGGAAACAAGUAGCAGCUCUUACACGCCAAAUCAAAAAGUGUCAAUUACUGCAGUUGAAGAUAUUGUAUGAUGAUCGUACAUUCAUUUCUUCAAAUACACUUAAACAUUUACGUUGUCC